AAACGUGUCUGGGCUGGGGACUGGAGCUUGUGCUACUGGAAGGCCAAGUGCCCUCCUCCGGCUGGCACCAUGCAGCCCUCUCUUGCCCUGUGUCUCGUCUGCCUGUUGGUGCACGCAGCCUUCCGUGCGGUGGAGGCCCAGGGAUGGCAGGCCUUCAAGAAUGAUGCCACAGAAAUCAUCCCUGAGCUGGGCGAGUACCCUGAGGCCCCGCCAGAAUUGGAGAACAACAAGACCAUGAACCGGGCGGAGAACGGCGGAAGGCCUCCCCACCACCCCUUUGAGAACAAAGACGUGUCCGAGUACAGCUGCCGCGAGCUGCACUUCACCCGCUACGUGACGGACGGGCCAUGUCGCAGCGCGAAGCCGGUCACGGAGCUGGUGUGCUCGGGCCAGUGCGGACCCGCGCGCCUGCUGCCCAACGCCAUCGGCCGCGGCAAGUGGUGGCGCCCGAACGGGCCCGACUUCCGCUGCAUCCCGGAUCGCUACCGCGCGCAGCGGGUGCAGCUGCUGUGUCCCGGCGGCGCGUCCCCGCGCGCGCGCAAGGUGCGCCUCGUAGCCUCAUGCAAGUGCAAGCGCCUCACCCGCUUCCACAACCAGUCCGAGCUCAAGGACUUCGGGCCCGAGGCUGCGCGGCCGCAGAAAGGCAGGAAGCCGAGGCCCCGCGCCCGGGGCGUUAAAGCGAACCAGGCCGAGCUGGAGAACGCCUAUUAGAGCCACCUGCCCGCCGCGCCACCCCAGCCGGCGCCCCCCAUCCGGGCGCCGCAGGUUUCUGCCCUCUGCGCGCGGUUUGAUUGUUUGUAUUUCAUUUUAAAUGCCUGCAACCCAGGGCAGGGAGCUGAGACCUGCCUGGCUUCGCAGAAGGUAGCCAGACCCUGCGGAUCCCGGGUGCCAACAAAGCCCCACUCUCCCCGUCCGCCCGCCGAGAGGGUCCCGCAGGGCCGGGGAGGGAGAGUCACAGACACUGAGCCAUGCGGCCCCGCCCACCGGGGCCGCCUACCUUUGCAGGUCCCACUUCAGAGGAGGCAGGAAAGGAAGCAUUUCACCGCCCCGGGGUUUUAGGAAGCGGUGGGGAGUGAGAAAAGUCUGGGGACUGGUUAAGAAAUUUCCAUAAGAUCCCUAUCCACUUCUCUGCGUGUCGUAAAGCCUUUAGUGCCACGCUGUGCCAAGAACACAAGACGGGGGUCUGAGAAUAGGGUUUCUAGUCCUGGUUCUGCCACUAAUUUGCUGGUGAACUUGGACUACAGUCUUCUCUUUCUGGACUUCGAUUUCCUCUUUGUAAAAUGCAGGUGGGGGUGGGAUUAGGAUCUCCGGCAAUCUUCUGUCAUAAGAUUCUAAGGGCUCUGGUGCUUGUUGAAUGGGCAGGGAGAGAGGUUGGAUUGAACCAUGGUCAUGUCCAGAAUUCGGAGUUGUAAUCCUGUGACCUGACAGCCAAAGAUGAAAAACAAACAGGAAAAAAGAGUCUAUUCGUGCCUGACAGACUCCCGAAAGACACGGAGUUGUUUCCCAGGCUGGCUUCCCUAGAUGUUUGGCUACCUCCACCCUUCCAUCUCAAAGGAUGCAGAAGCAACAUCAUUAAUUGGGGUAGAGAAGGAGAAGGUCCCAAGGGUGGUGGGAGGAAAAGAAAUCACCCCCCUAUUCCCAAAGAGCAGUGUCCCGCCCCCACCCCGUGGCCAUAUUUUAAAGUCACCUUCUGCAGAGAAGCUCAAGGUCCCAGGACACUGGGCUUGCAGGCCCAAGGGAGCAGCCACCACCCUUUCAAAGACCAGCAAGCAGAUCCCUUCAGAGGCACCUCUUCGUAACUCAUGGACACAUUUCUGUCUAGAAAAUUGCUUCUUACUAUUGUUACGUGUGUGGUGGCAUAUCUUACAUUAAAAUGAUAUUAUUGGGGAAAAAUUACAAGUGCUGUACAUAUGCUGAGAAACUGCAAAGCCUAAUAGCUGCCAUCCAAAAAUCUUUUUGAAAAUCAUUUCCAGACACCUCUUACUUUCUGUGUAGUUUAUAAUUGUUCAAAAUUUUUUUGUUGUUGUUAAACAGAAGCACAUGCCAUGUGAAAGCCUGCUGGGCUGGUUGUUUUCUGCAAUCCUUUCAUGUGGGAUUUGUCCACAAGAAUGAAAGUCGUGGUUUUUAAAAAGAGUUAAGUUACAUAUUUAUUUUCUCAUUUAAGUUAUUUAUGCAAAAGUUUUUCUUGUAGAGAAUGACAACGUUAAUAUUGCUUUAUGAAAUACCAGUCUGUUCUUUCAGAAUCCAGAAGCAUUGUUAAUAAACACAAUGAGUCGUUA